UUUUCAGAACUGUUUUCAACAGUGGUCUGUACACCUGGGCUAAAAGUCACUUUUCAUCUUUUCCUUCAUCUGCAUUUUGAGUGUCUUUCUCUCGCAGCAAUGGCUCUGGUCAGAAAUAUCCUCAUUUUUUGUCAACUUCUCCCUUUAAUGAGGACCAUAAAUCUCAAGUUUUUCCCAUGUGAUACUGAUGAGAACGGCACAUUUGUUGACUGCAAAGCCAGACCGCUAACCAGAAUCCCCUUCAUUAAGGCUGAUUCUGUGGGAUUAAUUGAUUUGACUCAGACAAAGAUCCACCAAGUGCAGGAGCAUGCUUUUGAUGGUCUACCAAACCUACACACCAUUAAAAUAAGGGGAAACUGCCAACCGGGUAAACUGAGAGCCCUGACCAACCACCACUGCAAAAUGGUGAUCAACGAAAAUGCAUUCAAGAGCCUUCAAAAGCUAAAAUAUCUAUAUCUGUCGGGAAACAGCCUCACCUCCAUACCACGGUUGCCUGAAAGCCUCAAGGUGCUUGAUCUGCAGAACAAUUGCAUCUUCAAUAUUAGCCAUCACUUAGGUACUCCACAUCUGGAAUCGCUCUUUCUUUCAAGUAACUGUUUUUAUGCAAACCCCUGUAACCAGUCCUUUUACAUCAGUGAGGAGGUUUUCAGAAAGCUGCCAAAACUCAAACAUCUUCAGUUAGGAUACAAUAAUUUAACAGCUAUACCAAAGGGAUUACCACCUUCAUUGGAAUACCUGGAUUUGAGAGAGAACACAAUCACGGAGGUUGCAGAAGGAGCGUUUUCCAACCUGACUCACCUCAAGCAUUUGACCUUGGAAUGGAACUGCCAACGUUGUGACCAUGCAGCUAGACCUUGCUUCCCGUGCCCAAAUAAUCUCCCCCUAUUGCUUCAUCCAAACUCAUUGUUUGCAGUGAACAGCUCUCUCUCUUACCUGAGCCUGAGGGGCAACUCUCUGAGAACAUUCCCACAGGGGCUUUUCACACCUUUAGUCCAUUUAAAGAGAUUGGACAUCUCUGACAACCUCCUGGCAUGUGCAAUUCAGAAUGGGACCUUCUUUGGAGAGCUCAAGGGUCUCUUAUGGAUCAGUCUUAUCUAUAACUAUGAGCCAUUGGUCACGUUUCAGGAACUGAUUCUGUCCCCACAUAUUAGCAAGAUGUCUAGUCUCCAAGAAAUUCUUUUGACUGGUAAUUUCUUUCGCACCCUUUCAAAAGAGAGCCUCAAAGUCCUGUCUGAACUUCGAAAUCUGACCAAAAUUGAACUAAGAAUGAAUUUUAUUAAUUCUUCUGACUUGAUUUUUGUCAAAGAAUUACAGUCUCUGAUAUUUAUUGACCUUUCUCAAAACAUGCUUACUUUCCUGCCAAGCUGUUCUAAUUCCUCAUCUCAGCUUGUGACACAGGGAAGCUGUCACACCCAAAACUUGUAUUCAGGAAGUUACAAUGACCAGCCACUUAUUUUCAGAGAACGAGAAGUGUUCUCUGACAAGUGCAGUGUAGAAAGGAACGUCUGGGAAUCAAACCAGUCGGAUGCUCUGGAAGUAUUGGAGGACAAUAUGUCAGACAUUCCUGCUGAUGUCUGUAAUGGAUCCUCUGUGUGUACAAUGUGGGACUUUAGAAAUCAGUUUUGCCAAAAUGAGCUGACGUUGGACCUCUCUCAAAAUGAUAUUCUCUCCCUUAACAAAGACAUGUUUUUAAACAUGGAAAAUGUUGUUUGUUUAGACCUUUCUUUUAAUUACAUGAACCAGGCAACAAAAGGAGGACUAUUUAUUAACAUGAAGAAAGUGAUAUUUCUUAAUUUGGCAUAUAACAGGCUUGAUUUGUACUAUAAGGAUGCGUUCCGUGAACUCAAAUCCACUCUGAAGGUUUUGGACAUCAGCAACAAUGAAUUUCAUUUCAAAAUGCGUGGUAUGGGCCAUCGUUUAGAGUUCCUUCAGAAUCUGAUCAACUUGGAAGUCCUCAGUCUGGCGAACAAUGGCAUCGGGAUGAGAGUAGAUCAACGAUUAAUCAGCAAAUCACUGAAGUACCUCUACUUCAGUGGAAAUCAUCUCGACUUAUUGUGGCAGUCUGAAAACAAGUACAAGUACACUCAUUUCUUCCAAAACCUGACAAACCUCAUUUACCUGGACAUCUCCAACAAUCACCUGAAGUCUGUCUCUCCUGAAGUGCUGAGUAACCUCCCAAGAAGCCUGGAAGGCCUCAGGAUCAGUGACAAUAUGCUGGAUUAUUUUCCAUGGCAGAACAUCUCGGCACUCGGCAGUCUGCGUCAUCUGAACUUGAGUCAAAACUUUCUCUGGUAUUUGCCUCCAAAUGGAACAGAAUUUGGAGCCAAUUUUUCUGUCCUGGACCUCAGUCACAACCACUUCAGUUUCAUUCCUGAGGAUUUCUUCAGUACGGCACAUGCCUUGCAAUAUCUAUAUCUCAGCCACAACCAGAUCAAAGAGUUGAAUCAUCAUUUUCUCCCUGCCCUCUUUAAAAAUGGCAGCAGUCUUGUGAAUCUCACCCUGCAUGCCAACCCCUUCAAAUGUGACUGUGACACUUCCUGGUUUGCUGACUUCCUUCGUACCACACCGAUAAAAAUCCCUUAUUUGACCACUCAUGUGCAUUGUGAGUUUCCCGAGUCUCAGCAGGGUCAGAGCAUCCUGUCUAUUGACCAGCGUUCCUGCCAGGACAUUUAUGGCAGCUCGGCCUUCCUCAUUUGCUCCUUCUUGACUGUGAUGUUCACUGUUCUUCCUCUGUUGAAGCACCUCUAUGGCUGGGACAUGUGGUAUUGCAUGCAGGUGCUGUGGGCAGGACACAAAGGCUACUCCCAGCUGGGGGGUUUGAAUUCACAAUACCUUUAUGAUGCCUUUGUGGUGUUUGACACAAACAACCAGGCUGUGAGGGACUGGGUUUACAAUGAGUUAACCGUUCAUCUGGAGAACUGUGGCCACAGGAGAUUCUGUCUCUGCUUGGAGGAAAGAGACUGGAUCCCUGGACUUUCCUGCAUUGACAAUCUCCACAAUGCCGUCCACAACAGUCUGAAGACUGUGUUUGUGCUGUCGAGAGGCGCUAAUGGAAGUGAAGCGGUGCCUGGAGUGAUUCGCCAGGCCUUUUUCAUGGUUCAGCAAAGGCUUCUGGAUGAGAAGGUAGAUGCAGCCGUGCUGAUCCUGUUGGAUGAGAUGUUUCCCAAACUGAAGUAUCUCCAGCUGAGGAAGAGGCUGUGCAAAAAGUCUGUGCUUUCCUGGCCAAGACAUCCAAGAGCUCAACCACUGUUCUGGAAUCGGAUGAGGAUGGCACUCUCGUCAGAUAACAUCAAAUUCUAUGACAACAAGAUGAGUGAAAGUUUUCUUUAGUCCCCUUUUAAUUUUAAGGAAAUUUUAAUGGUGGAUGGAGGAAGAGUGCGUAACAAUCUGGGAAGAUCAAUGGAAAUGUAGCCCCCUGGCCUGUUGGAGGAACUGUGGAAAGACAAAUGCUAACCAUUAUGGCUUUUAGGACUGCAGGGUUAUUAAAACUUAAUGGAAAGAAUACAUGAUGCAAUACAAGAAAUUUUUGCAAGAAUUUAGUUACAGGAAAAAAUGGCCCUCAUGAGAAAAUGCCGACAUCGAACAUGUGGAUAGAUGUCACAAUGGACAUUUACAGAAUGGAGAGAUUAACUGCAGACGUGAAUUACAAAAACGACUUGUUUGAUUCACACUGGAAGAAAUGGAUAGACUAUAUAACAGUCUUCAGGUCAGACUUUAACUCUGUUAACUCUGGAUAAUAUUGUUUGUCUAGCAAUAAUCGUACUUCACUCCCUUUCUUAUGUUUUUCCUUAUUUAUGUUAAUUUGUCACAAAAACAUGGACAUUCAUAUGGAUGCUCAUAUAUGUUAAUGAUUACAUACUGUAUGUAAAACAAAAAAAGAAGGAAUUUUUAUAUCUUGAAAUUUUAACCACUUUUGACACAUUUACCCUUUGACUGACAACAUGACAGAUAAAGUCACAUUCAACAAUGCCUUGAGAUGUGUAUGAUACAAUCUUUUUUCUAGAAGCAUGGAUAUUACUUGUUGUUGUCCUCUUUUUUUGUCAUGCAAAUUCUUGUAUUGCCAUUCUUUGUCCCUGCUUUGUGAAAUAUCACUGUGGAUAAGCUUCUUUUGAUAAAGUGUUGAAAGUGGUCUUUUGAUCCUUUCCAGGUAAUUGUUUUAAUGAUGAUAUUGAACCAGAAAAAUGAAGUUCACUUGAUUUCACCUGAGUAGCUUUAUUUCAUAUUUAUUCCAGUAAAGUAGUGAGACUUCAAAACAAGGCCUCUCACACCUGAAACUUUCAUUUCCCUGUACAUAAAUGUUAGAAGGAAAUGAAACAAGAACACUCUUGAAUGACCUCCAGUCCAAGAAGAAAAAAAAAAAACCAACCAAAAAACAAAAAACA